GAUGCAUAGAAGCUCGAGUCUACUUCUCCGAGCGUUUUUUCGGGUGAGUGGCUCUCCCAGUAUCAUUUGACUUCAUUGAUCGCAUUUAUGAUAGCCACGACAUGGACUUUGGUCACAAAGCCUUUCGGGAAUCCCUCGUCAAGAAACGUGCUGAAGUUGAAAGAUUCAUGUACUACGUCGAGACGCGGGCCUAUCAACUUAUCCUACAGUCACAGAACGCGCUUUGGGUCUUGGAUCGUGACCCCGAUGUUCACGAACCAGCAGAUUGCUCUGGCUAUGGCGACGAAUCUCUUGGUCGCGACGCGUCCUUCCACUCUAUAGAGAGCGACCGGGGUGUAGCUAUCGAGGAUCCUCUGGAGGCAGUACUGCGCGAGAAGGCUAUCGAAUUCCUGGAGAAGAUUAGGUCCCGUCUGGCCCGAUACUGCGCUCCUUCCACCUCGAGGUACCACGACGAACGACUAGAGGUCAUAUACGCCUACGUGCGCCGCGGAAUAUUUACAGAGCCAGCCCUUAUGUUCUUGUCACAGAGCUACGAUAGUGUCAUGGCGCUUCUCAGCGAUGAUAAUCUGGACUUGGUGACCUUGGAAAAGAUCUGGAAUGCUGUCAAGGCUUUGUGCGUCCACGAUAUUAGAGACGCGGUGGACGACGUUCUACGGGCCAACGGCGAGGGCGACUUUGUGAUGGUCUUGGGGGGCAAGGUUUUCAAGGACGCCAGCGGUGAGGAGUGGCCUAUGCACGCCUGGGGCCACAUGAUGGCAAUUUACCAGUGCUACUCCUGCCUCCGCACGACGUGUAAGACGGUGGACGAAAUCAUUGCCAUGACCCGGUUUGCCUUGUUCUCCGGCACAAACCUCCCACAAUCGUGUCUGAAGUACGACUACGGCUUCGACGGUGCGAAAGAACUACUCCUGGCGGGUUUCAUUCCUAGCGACAUACCGCUCUCCUCACCCCGACACUCCAUUGUCUGUACGGAUAGCGGUUCUCAGUCCUUCGGGCCCAUGUGGGAGGAGACGCAGCGCAACCUGUCCCUGUACGCCGCCCUAUCUCUCAACGACGCAAAAGCACAAGCAUUUGUCAACGGCUGUUUCCGACAUUCAGACCUCAUGGUCAUGUUGCGCAAGGGGCCAGACGGACGCGUCAUUCGCUCGCGGCCGGUGGUCUGGACCUCGCGGAAGCGACACGCGCGAAGCCGGUCGGGGCUCGCGUCCGUGCAAUGGGAGAAGACCCGUGAUGUCGUGCGUUGCCAGGACGAUGACCUGGAGGAGGCUCAGCCCUCAGGGUGGAGCCACGAACCGAUCUCGGACUGCAUGGUGGUCGUGCUCGUUGAUGGCGGCGAGGGCAACAUGGGCGACUUUGUGCGUAAGCUGGUAGAGAUUUGGUGUCAGGUGUACAAUGUCAAGGAUAAGGAAGAGCUUUACUGCACAUUGGAGACGCCAUUCGUGGAGGCUGGGGAGCUCGAGAAGUGCACGUGUGGCCGGCAUGAGGUCAUGUUCACACAGCCAACCGUGCAAGGAAACGUGAUGAGUUCGUAUGAGAGUUUGUGGGGGACGCCACCCCCACCGUGGUUGGUAGAGAAUCCAAAUAGAUUCCGCCUGGCGACUGAUUCGUUUUGAGUGGAACUCCCUUUUGUCAUCGCAUUGGAAUGGUUACCUUCACGACAAUCUACUCAUGC